AUGUCAAGCAAUACUGAGUAUAUUGUAUUGGACCGACAACAUCUAUUGGUAAAAUCGAAGAAAAGUUAUGCAAAAGUUAACAUAUUUUUGAAGGUGACAAAGAAACGUGGAGAAUAUCAUGAAUUCUUAUCGAGAUUUAUGAGACUUGAGAAUCUUUACGAUGAAGUUAAAUUUGUUUCAAGUGUUCAAAACGAUUUUGUUCUAGAGGGGGACUUUUCAUGCAUUCGAGAAGACAACACCAUUUACAGGUCUUACCGAUCUUUACUUGAAAGAAACCUAAAAUGUGACCAGAUCAGGGAAUUUUUCCGUAAGUUCAAAGUGGUGGUUGACAAGAGGAUACCUGAAUUUGGCGGUCUGGGAGGUGGCUCUUCAAAUGCCGCCACAUUUCUACAGAUGGUGAACGAGUCUUGUAGACUGAGUCUUACAACAGAAGAACUGUGUCAGAUAGGCGAAACCGUUGGUGCUGAUGUGCCAUUUUUUCUGUAUGAUGUUGAAUGUGCAAAUGUUCUGGGAAUUGGUGAAAAAGUUGAACCAAUCAAUGAAAAUUCGUUGGACUUAAGGUAUAAGACCCCCAACAUAAGAUGUAACACUGGUCAAGUGUACCGUAAUUUCCGAGAGAAGCAUUACAAAGAGCUUUCGUCAGAAAAGUAUGAAGAAUUAAAAACAAUAUCGUCUAAGGAGUUUCUAGAAACGUCCGAUGCCUACAUCGCCAACUAUUUGUGUGAAUCAACAGUAGAACUGUAUCCUGAUAUGAAACAACAUGUAAAACAAGGCUGGUUUUUAUCCGGAAGUGGAAGCACUGUGUUUGCAUUAAGAUGA